CAGGUACUGCCUUGUUGCUGGAGGAUUUGACCUUUGAUGAAGCAGGAUUAUUUCCAUCUCCAUUUUUGCUUUUGUGGUCAAAGGAACAAGUAUUUCCAGAUAGCUGCUCGCAACUGGUUUGCUGUAGGUUUUUUUGAAAGAAAUGGAGUCGGUACUCAAAAAAAUCCACAGUUUUGCUGCUUGGAAAUGAGUUUUUCUUUUUUUGGAUUUCAUUUGAUCUGUCUUCUUUCUGAUAAACUGGUUAAAGCACAGGUUCAAGGAUCUGAAGAGCGGGCCUGCUUGAAGUUGGACAGGAACUUUUGGCAAUCUCAGUUUCGCAAGACUUGGUCCUGUGCUCAUCCCAAUUCUGACCUCCGAAUGUUUUCCUUUGGAAGGAUUUUUUUGGGGUGUAGCUGUACCCCGAAACCUUAAUUGGCCUACCACGCCUCUUCAUCUUCAUGAAAGAAUAACCACAAAUUUUCUAUUUACACCUAUUUAAAAGAUAAAUUUAAUUCACUAAUUCAAGAAAUGCCUGCAGUAUCUCAAAUGCAACACAAGCUCCUGUCAAAUUUUAAACAAGAACGUUAUUGGCAUUGCUAGAUGGUUUGCUACGUUUUUGCAGUUGCCUUUAAUGGCAGAAAAGAAGAACUUGCAAAUGGGAUAAACAUGAGCAGCCAAGCAAAUCGAGCCGAUUAUGCAGGCAAUCCUUGAUGCUUUUCCUGAUACCCGAGUGCUGACCUAUAAUCAGCAGUGCAAAACAUAGACCGCUGCUGCUCUUGCUGGCAAUGAGCUUGGUUUUGCUGGCUGGUGCUGUUGUAGAUUCCUUUGAGCCCUCCAGUUUGGCCAAUGGGAAUUCAGGCAAGAGGGAAACCAUGAAGUCCGAGGGGACAAAGGAGUCUCGCAGUGAUCAAGAAGAGGGAGGAGAUGAAGAUCACUCGAACGGGCAAGCCAGCCCUCUCAAAGAGGCCAAUGAGCUGAAUGGGACCUAUGAAAACAUGGACACAAAGAGAACUGAACAGAACCUCUCCUCAAGGUCACCAGCCCGAUCCUCAACCAUGGAGAAUGGACUAUCCGAGACUGAGCCGCCCCACGGCUCUAGAGUUGGCAGUAAUGGAUAUAUUCUAAACAAACAGCAGGAAGACACAGUGUCGACCCCACAUAGGACUAACUGGUCCCCCGUAGGGGGUUCCACAUUGGGGCAUGGGACUAAAAGCUCGCCAACUUCAGCUUCUACAUUUCGACCCCCUGAUCAGGGUUCUUCAAACAGUGCUGCAAGCCCAGGACCGAGCCCAAUAGAGAGACGAGCAGACACAGAGACUAAAAACGGCAGAGUAUCGAAUACACCUCCGCCAACGAUACACCGCGCACGCAAAACUAUGUCAAGGCCGGCCUCAAACCAGACACUAAAGCUUUUGAAUAGGGAAAAUAAGGAGCCAGUCGUGGUGAAAGAUGACAGUCUGGGCAAACCAGAGACAGUGCAGCCUCAGCCAUCUCCAAUCCAGAAUCAGCUACCUCAAAGCCAAACUGACGCCACAUCUGUACUGAACACCACACCAGCCAAGCCACAAACAGUUGAACCCAGACCUGUCUCUCCCUCAGUAGCAGCCGUGUCAAGGAAGAAGAAAAGAAAGAUGGGUACUUACAGUCUUGUGCCCAAGAAGAAAAAUAAAGUCUUGAAACAACGCACAGUUCUGGAGAUGUUUCAGCGUAUGUCCCAGUCUCAACCCAACCCUCAGAUGUCGAAGGAAUCUGUUCAUGUGAAUGGUGAGAGAAUUGAAAAUGAGUCCGAUGAAGAAGAGUCAGAAGAAGGAGAAGACACAGAGGAGGAUGAGGAGCUGGUCAGAGAAGAUGGAGCCAAAGCCUCUCAGGAAGGACCUAAGAUAGCUUCAGUUUCUCAGCCUCUUGAAGAAGAACAGGAGUCUGAGGAGUCACCAGAGGGCGAAGGUGAAGAGGAAGGGGAUGAAUCAGACUUGAGUUCAGAGUCCAGUUUAAAAAAGAAAUGGAAAAAGAAAGUCAAGGGGGACCACGCCUGGCUCCGGCCAUCCAGAAAACGCAAGAGGAAAUUGAAAGCGAAAACAGAAGGACUUUCAGGAAUGGAGUCUCAGUCUCAAUCUGAGAGCCAGUGCUCACCAUCAGCCCCUUCUGAAAACAGGAAAGAGUAUAAAGAAGUCCCACUAGACUCUCUCAACCUAGUGGCACAGGAAGCCUUACUGACAUCUCAGAAUACAGCUGUUUCAGGGUCAGUAGAGAGCACAGAUGCUGACAUGGUGCAGGAACUGCCCCUUUGCAGCUGUCGAAUGGAGAUGCCCAAGAGCCGAGAGAUUCUUACGCUUGCGGACAGGAAGUGUAUGGCGACUGAGAGCAUUGACGGUCAGCUGAGCCGUUGUCAGAGUGCAGUGCUGAAGCACGAGAUGAUGAGGCCUUCAAACUCUGUCCAACUGCUGGUUCUAUGUGAGGACCAUCGCACGGGCAUGGUCAAACAUCAGUGCUGCCCAGGCUGUGGCUUCUUUUGCAGAGCCGGUGUCUUCAUGGAGUGUCAGCCAGAGGUGAACAUCUCCCACCGGUUCCAUCGAGCAUGUGCCUCGGUGCUCAACGGUCAGAGCUUUUGUCCACACUGUGGAGAAGAGGUCAGCAAGGCUAAAGAGGUUACAAUUGCCAAGGCUGAUACGACGUCAACUGUGCCUCUCACUCAUGGCCCCUGCACACCCAGCACCUCAGAGGGCAAAGCGGACACCACCACUGGAGGGUCCACUCGGCUCUCUAUUCUUGGAGAGGGCAAAGCAGAUAGCACCUUACCCAGACCUACACAGGACACAUCUGUUUCUCCUUUGGGCUCGAAAACUGGGCCUGUUGGAGCUGGAUUUGGAACUGGACUUCCACCUAAAGAAACUCUGGAAAGUGUCCUGCUGGCUCUAGAUGCUGAAAAACCCAAGAAACUUCGAUUUCAUCCAAAACAGCUGUAUAUUUCUGCCAAACAAGGAGAGCUCCAGAAGGUCCUACUGAUGUUGGUGGAUGGGAUAGACCCUAACUUUAAAAUGGAGAGUCAAAACAAACGCACACCGCUCCAUGUAGCAGCUGAAGCAGGUCAUCAGGAAGUCUGCCAUAUGCUGGUGCAGGCUGGCGCAAACCUUGACAUGUGUGAUGAGGACCAGCGAACGCCCCUGAUGGAGGCCUGUGAGAACGAUCAUCUUGACACAGUACGCUACCUUCUGAGGGCUGGAGCCAUCGUCUCUCACAAGGAUGUUGAGGGUUCAUCAUGUCUCCAUCUUGCUGCUAAGGCUGGGCAUUUCGGCAUUGUUCAGCAUUUGCUGUCUACAGGAAUUGUAGAUAUUAACUGCCAGGAUGAUGGAGGUUGGACAGCCAUGAUUUGGGCUACUGAGUACAAACAUAUAGACCAAGUAAAACUCUUGCUUUGCAAAGGAGCUGAUAUCAACAUCCGAGACAAGGAGGAAAAUAUCUGUCUGCACUGGGCAGCAUUCUCUGGCUGUGUGGAGAUAGCUGAGAUCCUGCUAGAUGCCAAGUGUGAUCUCAAUGCAGUCAACAUCCACGGAGACUCGCCGUUGCACAUAGCGUCACGAGAGAGCCGGCUCGACUGUGUGAAGAGGAAGAAGCUACGCUUUCAUCCCCGUCAGCUCUAUCCUGCAGCCAAACAGGGUGAAGCUCAGCGAGUUCUGCUCAUGCUCAUGGAGGGCAUCGAUCCGUCCUAUCAGUCAGACUCUCAGAACAGACGCUGUGCUCUUCAUGCAGCCGCUCAGAGGGGUCUGCUGGAGGUCUGUUACCUGCUCAUACAGGCAGGCGCUAAGGUGGACGCCCAAGAUAAGACCCUGAGAACCCCUCUGUUAGAGGCCAUAGUGAACAAUCAUGUGGAGGUAGUGAAAUACCUGAUUCAGAGCGGAGCCUGUGUCUAUCAUGCAGAAGAGGACGGAUCCACAGGUCUUCAUCACGCUGCUAAACUGGGGAACCUGGAGGUGGUGAUGCUGUUACUGAGCACCGGACAGGUGGACCUGAACGCACAGGAGAUGAAUGUCUGUCUGCACUGGGCGUCGUUCGCGGGCAGCGCUGAGAUAGCGGAGCUGGUCUUGAACGCCGGCUGUCCUCUGUCGACUGUUAACCUGCACGGAGACACGCCGCUGCACAUCGCCGCCCGCGAGGGCUUCAUCGACUGCGUCACGCUGUUUCUUUCUCGGGGCGCUGACAUUGACAUUAUGAAUAAGGAGGGCGACACACCGCUCUCCCUCGCCCGCUGUGACACGCCCGUCUGGGUGGCGCUACAGAUUAACAGGAAGUUGCGUAGAGGAAUCGCCAAUCGUGUUGUACGGACCGAGAGGAUCAUAUGCAGUGACGUGGCUCAGGGUUAUGAGAAUGUUCCCAUCCCGUGUGUUAACGGCGUGGACGAUGAAGGCUGUCCGUCUGACUACAAAUACAUCGCAGAGAACUGUGAAACAUCCACCAUGAACAUCGACCGCAACAUAACACACCUGCAGCACUGCAGCUGUACAGACGACUGCUCCUCCAGUAACUGUCUCUGCGGUCAGCUCAGCAUCCGCUGCUGGUACGACAAGGUAAAAUACUGCUCCGUCUCCACGAUGAGCUCUGAAACUCCAGACAGCAUAAAUGAAAUCCACUGA